CUGUUCAUUUGCACAGGAGACGUUUCCCUUCUCCUUUUCACCUCUCUGAGUCUGUUCACACCACUGUCACGUUUGAUUACUGAUGAUAUUCAUUCAAAACUGAUGCAAUAUUUUUUGAAACUGUGACAUCAAUCUGCAUUUUCUGUUAAGAUUCUUUUAAGGUGUGGUUUAGGGUUAGUCCAACCUGUCCAACCUGUAGGUCUUCCCGUAUGUUGUCAAAGCGAGACUAUUUUGAGUAAGUCGGAAGUGAAAGUGGUCUUCAAACUCAGCAAACAUCCAGGAAACAUGUUCACAUUCACACUGGCAGUCUUGCCUAUCUGACUAAUUGUCCCUCCGCAGAAACCAUUACUUCACUUUUAACAACAUGGACGAGUCAAAGACAUGGAGAAUUGUGCUCUUGGGAAAAACUGGAGCUGGGAAAAGCAGCCUGGCUAACACCAUACUUGGAGAGCAACUCUUCAAGAUCGGCCAUAGUUUCAACGCUGAAACAAGUAAAUGCCAAGCAAAAACCAAAUCUGUCAGUGGAAGAAGCAUCACUUUGAUCGACACCCCUGGUUUCUUUGACCCGGACAGGUCUGAGGAGGAGCUGAAGCCUGAGAUAGUGAGGUGCAUCACAGAGUGCGCUCCUGGGCCUCAUGCUUUUCUCAUUGUGCUUGAAGUGGCAAAAUUCACCGAGCAGGAGCAGGCUGUCAUCGACAAAAUAAACCAAUACUUUUCUGAAGAAGCCUUCAAAUAUGCAACAGUUGUCUUUACACGUGGUGACCAGCUCCCUGAAGGACAGACAAUCCAGGAUCUGGUCCAGCAGAAUAAGAGUGUGCAUGACCUGGUGAAGAAGUGUGGCAGCCGGUGCCACGUCGUUGAUAACAAAUACUGGAACCAGAACUCAGAGGAUGAAUACAGGAGCAACCAGGUCCAGGUGGAGAAGAUACUUAAGUCAAUAGAAGAGAUGGUGGUGGUAAACAGAGGAGGCUGCUACACCAAUGACAUGUUAAGAAAAGUGGAGGAGAUUGUUAAACAAGAGGAGGAGCGCAUUCGACAGUCAUCAGGAAACAUGUCAGGAACAGAGGUCGCAGAGCAGGCUAAGAGAAGCACCAUUCAGAAGCUAUUGAUCAAACUGGCAGGUGUUGGAACAGGUGCUUUGUUCGGAGCUUUUUUUGGUGUAGCAGCAGCAGCUGGAGUAGUUUUAGCAGCUUUGAAUUCAUUACAAAUUUUAGGUGUAGCAGGAAUAGCAGGAGGGGCAGCAGUUACCCCGAUUGGCGCAGUUUUAGGGGCAUCUGCUGCAGUGGGAGGGGUGAUGGGAGGCAUUACAGGAUAUGAUGCAGCUGAUGGAGCAAACACACCAUUAGAGGCAGCAGAGAGGGCAGCAGAGGCUGUUAUGCAUCAAGCCCAAUUGGCCAAAAAAGCGGCUGGUUGUUUGAAUCUUUUGGACAAAAAGUAAAGUUAAAACCUAUAAUGAGCUAUGACUCUUGGAGGAGGUAGAGAGAAAGUAUCUGGGAAAAGUCACGUCUUCCUGUUGCUGAAAACAACGAUUUUUCUCUAUAUAAUAUUUUACCAUUGAGCUGAUUGUGUAUAUUCAUAUGUAACAGGUUUAAAUUUAGUCCAUAACGUCUUAAAAAUUGUUUAAAUCAAAUAAAUAAUCAACCUUUUUCUGUAAAAGCUAACCAGAAAACAUCGCUUCAUGUAUGUGCAGCAUCAUUUAAGUCAGCUUCUGAAACAUGAAUAAUCAAAAAUGUAAACCUGAAAAAAUGUUAUUUGAGCAAAUGUUUUACACCUGGUAGCAUAAUCAAUCUAUUAAUGGUGUGUAAUGGAAAAUGUGUUUGAAUCUUUGUUCUACAUUCUGUUGUUAUGUGUUGAAAGCACCAGAUGGAGGGAGGCUGACAUCUGAGUAUAAAAGACAGCUGCUGAUCUCUGUUUGCUUUGAGCACAUUUACAAAUGCUUUUAAUAAACUUACAGAAAGACA